AUGGGGAAUCCGAGAGGUUUGGGGCUCCAUCUCGUUUUCGUAUGUGGUUUUCUGUUUGCAGGAGCCACAUAUACUUGCUUGGGUGAUGGAAAUACCAGUCUCACUGUUUGCUCUGAGAAAGAGAGACUCGCUCUUCUCAAGUUCAAAGACAGUGUUGAAGAUCGUUCUAGAAUGUUGUCAUCAUGGAUUGGUAAUGACUGUUGCCUGUGGGAAGGAAUCCACUGUGACACUGUCACUGGAGAUGUGGAAAGCCUUCAUCUCAUGGGAAAUGAUGAAGGCUACUUAGUUGGUUAUGAGAUGAUGUCUUCUUUGGCAGAGUUGAGACAUCUGAAAUCCUUGGAUUUGAGUGGGAAUGAUUUUCAAGGAAGCCGCAUCCCAAAGUUCAUUGGGUCCUUGAAACAGCUGACCCACCUUAAUCUUUCUCAAGCUGGUUUUCAAGGUAUUAUUCCUCCUCACAUUGGAAACCUUUCUAAUCUAAAGGUUCUUGAUCUCCAUUCAGACAGUUAUGAGCCGAUGGUAGACGACAUGACAUGGAUUUCUGGCCUUUUGUCACUUGAGCAUCUUGACUUGAGUCUGGUAUAUCUUGGCGAAGCACAAAAUAGGGACAUGCUGUUUUACAUGAUUCCUUCCUUAAAAGUGUUAAAUUUGUGGGGAUGUAGACUUUUCGAUGUUGAUCUUGGUCCUUUUCUUAAUUUGAGUAGAAUACUUCCCAACAUCAAACACCUGGAUCUUGGCUUCAAUUCUUUCAACGGGCCACUCCCUGGAUUUCUUCAAAACAUGUCAUCAACCUUAACAUUCCUGGAUCUUUCUAACUUUAAUCUUAGUCGGACAUGGAACUUUGCUAACUUGCUAAGCAAGAUUCCUUCUUUAUUAGAGUUGCAUUUGUCAUCUUGUGGGCUUGAUAAAACGCAUUUAUCUUCCCCUCGUUAUAAUUUCAGCACACUUUCUAACAUCCGACAUCUGGUUCUCAGCCAAAAUUCGAUAGAAGGCCCAUUUCCAUCUGUUUUCACAAAUAUGAGUUCCCUAAGAGUCCUUGUCCUCUCAGGAAACAUGUUGAAUUCAUCAGUUCCUAUUAUACCUAACCUUAUAGAUCUUGAUCUUUCCUUUAACCAGUUAACCGGUCCCAUUCCUGCAUACCUUGGAAAUCUCUCCAAACUUGACCUUUCUUCCAAUCAAUUGAAUGGUUCAAUUCCAGAAUCCAUUGGAAAUCUAGCAACUUUAACAUAUUUGGAUCUAAGUUCCAAUUGGUUAACUGGUCCCAUCCCAACAUCUCUAGGAAGACAUAUAUCUUUACAAUUCAUUGGCAUGUCUUCAAAUUUGUUAAAUGGGACUAUUCCAAUUUCAAUUGGGCAACUUGCCAAACUUCAAUAUCUUGAUUUCUCUAACAACUCUUUAGAAGGAGUAGUUUCUGAAGCCCAUUUUGCCAACCUUUCAAUAUUGAACUACUUGGAUACUUCUUCUAACACCAAGUUGAGAUACAAUAUUUCCCGUGACUGGAUACCUCCAUUCCAAUUGGUAUCUCUUCUACUUCGUUCUUGCAAUAUCACAAAUAGAUUUCCGCAUUGGCUUCGAAAUCAGAGGAACCUUCAUGUGUUGGAUUUGUCUAAUACUACAAUUUCAGGACAUCUGCCAACAUGGUUGCGGAAGAUGCCCAUCAUUGGUUACUUAGAUCUCUCCCACAACAAACUCAACGGACCUUUGAUAAACCUUCCUAAUGGAGAAACUUAUGGUCGGAACUAUAAAUUUCCGAUAUUAUUUCUGGAAAAUAACUUUUUCAACGAGUCAAUUCCAAGGUCAUUGUGCAGAAGGACGGAUCUCGAGUAUCUCGAUCUUUCCAGAAAUAGGUUAAUCGGUCAGGUUCCCAAGUGUCUUGAGAAUCUGCAACAUUUGCGUACCAUGAUACUUAGCUCAAAUCAGCUGUCAGGUGUAAUUCCAAGUUUUAUGGCUCCUAAUUCUUUAGAGCGGUUAAAACUGAAUGAUAACUAA